AUGGUGGCCAUAUCAAUGCACUACCGGGAUUACGAUAUUACAUCCGAGUCUGAUCUCCUAAAAAGUGUAUGUCCAAUGUGUAAAGAAUAUGUUGAUCCAAAAACGUGUGGCUUCAACAAUUGUUGGUGGAGAAUAGAUGGCACCCAAAAAGAAGGCGGUAAACCACCAAAAUCUAUUAAAAGUGAAUGGAGAUACGCUGAUAAUGCAUAUCAUUAUUUUGAUGAAAAGCUCAGUGGUACAACUUCAUGGCUUCGACUCACGUUUGAAUGUGUUAAAAACAAACCUCUGUUAUGA